AUGUUACGUUUCAUACUCAACAAUGCAUUUUUCGCAUUAGGCAAAAAAUAUUACAAACAAAUUAAAGGUGGUGCGAUGGGGUCAGCAGUGACUCAAGUGCUAGCCGAUGUUUAUAUGAUGGAGUGGGAAAGUGACAUUCUAGCAAUGCAAUUAGACGAAAAAGAAAUUUAUGAUGAAAUAGAUAAUUCGUUACGAGCCAUGGAAAGACGAUUCGAAGAACUCAUGCAGAGUUUACAACAACAAUUCGAGAUGGCCGUUCAGCCACUAAAACAACAAAUACAAAAUGCACAAGGCCCAGUCAAACGGUUAGGUGAAGAACAUCAAGAUCGAGUUAACGUUCUUCAUAAAGAGAAAAAAAGAGAACUGAAACAGUUAUUUAACAGUAAGUAUUACGUUUGAGAAAUGUAAAAAGAAGUGAGAUAA